UGAAGGCCCCGGUGAUGCCUAAGUCCUCCGCCUCCGGUAGACAGGCUGAUCUGGCGGCAGCCCGCAGCCGGCGGCUGAAGGAACUCCGGAUGAACACGAUCCUGUGGGACGUCACCAAACAUUUCCUGGUGGUGGCCGUGGUCUUCUACCUGGCCUUCAGCAGUGUCCCCAUGCACGGCUACUUCAUGUACAAGGCUCUCAAUAACACGUUUUCGUCAAUAAAAAUGGUGAAAUCAGUCGAUGGCGUCUGGGACUGGACCAACACCGAACUGCUGAAGGUUCUGUUUGCCCAACCGGAGAGCAGCAUUCUGGACGACCAGUCCUACAGGGUCGGGGCAGCUGCCUUCAAGCAGUUUAGAAGCCGCCAGGGUGCCUGUAUACCAAACACCAUGGCCCCUCCUCUAUGUAAGCUGGACUAUUCCUGGACGCAGCACGAAAACGAAGAUUUUGGGGUAGGUUGGCGACCACUAUUGGACACAAACGUCACUACCAUUUCGCUGAGACCAAGACUUCCAAGGAGAGACGUUCUAAGAUUCCUGACCAACGUCACAUCACGUCGACGUCCGUACGGAAAACUGGGAGACGUGGUAGACUUCUAUAGAAGAUGGAACGAUUACUACGAACAGCGGAAAAAUGGCUCACGUUUCGCUGCCUCAAUGGCAUCCGCCUGGGUAUUCACACCGGGAGGGUCUUUCCCCUACAGCGGGAAAGUAGACACCUACACCGACGGAGCCUACAUGUUCGAGAUCGGUGACGAUCCCCGUCAGGCCGUCCUCACCAUCAAACAUCUACAGGAGAACAGUUGGCUGGAUCACCUCACAGAAGCCGUGAUAGUGGAGAUUAACGCUUACAACGCCAACGCCGAUCUGUUUGCGGUGAUCGACUUGCAGGUAGAGUUUCAAGCCGGACGCGCGGCUACAACAAACAAAGACAUCCACAUCUUCAAGUUGUACUCCUAUCUAGGGACUACUGGUCAACUGACGAUUGCGUUUCAGAUCAUUUUCGCCAUCUUGUUUGCCUUGUCGCUGAUCAGAGAGGGAAAGAAACUACUGAAACAGAAGAGGAAGUAUUUCUCCCAGCCUUGGAACAAUCUGGAGUUCCUCCGCCUCCUGUUGUGUAUUGUGGCCAUCGUCAUGUUUGCUGUGAAGGAAGGGGUUCGAAACUACCACGUCGACACAAUGAAAAGUCUUCAAGGUGGCUAUCACAGCUUCCGUUCUAUGGCCGUGUACUCGGAUGUCUUCUCUGCAUUUCUGGCCAUCCUUGUGUUCGUGAUGACGUUACAGUUCCUGCAGCUGUUGGGCUUCAAUCGGCUGAUCGGAGCCCUGUUCCACACACUGAGCAACGCGGGCAGGAAGAUCGCGAUGCUCGCCUUGCUAAUAUUCAUUCUUAUUACCGCAUACAGUACUGCCGGAGUUCUCCUUUUCGGACGCUGGAACCACGACUACAUCAGCUUCCCUUCAGCCGUCCGCUCACAGCUCCUCAUGAUCUUUGAGACCGUGUCCUACCACAACAUCAUCCUGAGCCAUCCUGUCGUGGGCCGAUUGUUUUUCUUCAGCUACGUGGUUAUCGCCAUCACCAUCAUCCUGAACGUCUUCGUGUCCAUCCUGGACGAUGAGCUGCGAACGUCCAAGCGUGAUCCUCGUGACCUUGGCGGAGACACGGACAUGGGAGAGUUCAUGAUAGACAGAUUCCUUCAGUUCCUAGGAGUCGUAACUGGGCAAGGAGCUGCUAAAGCUGAUGACAAGACACAUACGGACAGCGUAGAUGCGCAGCUGAAAGAACUGGAGGAAAAACUGGACCUCGUACUGCAGAAGGCUGACUCUAUAUAAGAUUUAGUUUACACAGAACAACUGGCUAACUAAAUGUAGAUUGGAUCAGCAAAUAAGGAAUGUCAUUUUGGCAUCUUCUAAAAUUUUGCUCUACCCUUGCCUUCAAAACUCCUUCCAACAGAACAAGACAUCCUGAAAUAUCUUAACACAUGUAAAAAUUUAUAUACUUUUGAGGGUUGAACUUCUCAAAGGUAAAAUUUAUGUAGUGAUUACCAUUAUCACUACAUAACGCUAAAUAACUGAUGAAGAAAAGUUGAAAAAACUUUGUGCAGUAAUAUGUAAGUGUGGAUUAUAACCUGAAAGUAAAAAACACAUAAUGCAAGUAUAAGUGAAUAGAAUAACUUUAUUAUUGUCCUAAGCUCUAAAAGAAAACAGAAUAAUGAGAAAACUGAGGUUCUUGUUUGAACAAUGUAGUAAAUGUAUCUUAAAUGUAUGUACUUCUUCUCUUCCUGAGAUACAAUAUUCCGCUUAAAAUGAAUGUGACAGGAUAGUAAUAAAACUAUGGGCUGAAACAUUAUAUAUGAUAUAAUGCCAGCAUAAUUGAGGUAUAACAUAAUGUUUAUACAGAAUAUAAUCAGAAAAUGCACUAUAGAAUAACUUGAUGUGCUCUGCUCCAUUAGGUAUAACAAUAUGAUCCCAUUCUGUAAUGACUUUGAAAGAAUUCAGAAUAGAACUGAAUUCUAACUGAAGUGAGAAACAUUGACUGUGUUAUCAUUAUGCAUCUAGUGUAGAUUAUAACAUGAAGAUCGAUAAACAUUAAUUUUUUAGUC